CGGUGCCGACUACCCCGCGACUCCGCAGUGGCCGCCGCUGCCGCGGGGUCAGGUCGCGGUCGUCUGGAGAGAAACCUCGGGGGUCGGUCCAAUAACGGGGUUCGGGUGCCUGGUUUGUGAACAUCACAGGGUUUGUGGAUGCACUUAGAUGUUUGCAAUGAGCACUGUGGCUGGCAUGCCCCAGUGUUUUGGAUACCAAUGCAUAGGACUCCGUAGUAAUCGAAUUUAUCAGAAACGAACGUCAUGAGCAUAGUGAUCCCAUUGGGGGUUGAUACAGCAGAAACUUCAUAUUUGGAAAUGGCUGCAGGCUCAGAACCAGAAUCCGUAGAAGCUAGCCCUGUGGUAGUUGAGAAAUCCAACAGUUAUCCACACCAGUUAUAUACCAGCAGCUCGCAACAUUCACACAGUUAUAUUGGUUUGCCCUAUGCGGACCACAAUUAUGGUGCUCGUCCUCCUCCAACACCUCCAGCUUCUCCUCCUCCAUCAGUUCUUAUUAGCAAAAAUGAAGUAGGCAUAUUUACUACUCCUAAUUUUGAUGAGACCUCUAGUGCUACCACCAUCAGCACAUCAGAGGAUGGAAGCUAUGGUACUGAUGUAACCAGGUGCAUUUGUGGUUUUACACAUGAUGAUGGCUACAUGAUCUGUUGUGACAAAUGCAGUGUUUGGCAACAUAUUGACUGCCUUGGGAUUGAUAGGCUGCAUAUUCCUGAUAUAUAUCUGUGUGAACGUUGUCAGCCUAGUGUGAUGUGGUAGUAUAGGAGUUUGGAUAAAGAGAGGGCCGUGCUGUAGUAACGCCGGAAAAGGGAAAAUAUGUCAGAUGGUGAUUACUAGUGCACAGAGAGUGGCGAUGAGGUUCCCGUGGAAUUAUAUACUGCAUUUCAACAUACACCAACAACAAUAACUUUAACUGCUGCAAGAGAGUUACCAAGGGUCACUGAUAAGAAAGAAGGAAAAAAAGUGGGGAAAAAGAAACAAAAUAUUGUAAAAUGCAAAAAAUCUUUUCGUGAAGGAUCUAGGAAAUCAUCAAGAGUUAAGGGUUCAGCUCCAGAGAUUGAGCCUUCCGAUGGGUCAAAUUUUGGAUGGGAGACUAAAAUCAAGGCUGAGGAUCGUUAUGAGGAAACCAAUAAUAACCAGUACAGUGAAGGUGUUCAAAGAGAGGCACAAAGAAUAGCUUUGCGAUUAGGCAGUGGAAAUGAUAAAAAAGAGAUGAAUAACAAAUCAGAAUCAAAUGCCAGCAAUCUGAUCUUCAAACCCCCUGUAGAGAGCUACAUACAAAAGAAUAAGAAAAUUCUGAAAUCUGCCAAAGAUUUGCCUCCUGAUGCCCUUAUUAUUGAAUACAGAGGGAAGUUCAUGCUAAGAGAACAGUUUGAAGCAAAUGGAUAUUUCUUUAAGAGGCCAUAUCCUUUUGUUCUGUUCUACUCUAAAUUUCACGGGCUAGAAAUGUGUGUUGAUGCAAGGACCUUUGGAAAUGAGGCUCGAUUCAUUAGGCGUUCUUGUACACCAAAUGCAGAGGUGAGGCAUGUCAUUGAAGAUGGAACCAUUCAUCUUUAUAUUUACUCCAUCCAAAGCAUUCCAAAAGGAACUGAAAUUACUAUUGCUUUUGAUUUUGACUAUGGAAAUUGCAAGUAUAAGGUGGAUUGUGCAUGCCUCAAAGAAAAUCCUGAAUGUCCAGUUUUAAAACGGUGUUCUGAAACCCGGAAAAACAUCAAUAGUGGUUAUGAAACCAGAAGGAAAAAAGGGAAAAAAAGAGAAGGACAUUUCAAAAGAAAAAGAAACACCAAAAUUCAGAAUAUUACUUUGGAUUGUGAAAGUGCCACCAACAAAAUGCGAAGCCCAGAUAAUAAACAAAGAAAACUUUCUCCACUGAGACUAUCUAUAUCAAAUAAUCAGGAGCCAGAUUUUAUUGAUGAUAUAGAAGAAAAAACUGCUAUUAGCAAUGAAGUAGAAAUGGAAUCAGAGGAGCAGAUUGCAGAAAGGAAAAGGAAGAUGACAAGAGAAGAAAGGAAAAUGGAAGCGAUUCUGCAAGCUUUUGCCAGACUUGAGAAGAGAGAGAAAAGAAGGGAACAAGCGUUGGAACGAAUCAGCACAGCAAAAACAGAAAUUAAAACAGAAUGUAAAGAUACACAGAUUGUCAAUGAUGCUGAAGUUGUUCAGGAAACAACAAAGGAAGAAACUGCAAGCAAGCCAACCCCUGCCAAAGUAAAUAGAACUAAGCAGAGAAAAAGCUUUUCUCGAAGUAGAACUCACAUUGGACAGCAACGCCGACGACACAGAACUGUCAGCAUGUGUUCAGAUAUCCAGCCUUCUUCUCCUGAUGUAGAAGUUACUUCACAACCAAAUGAAACUGAGAAUACUGCACUUGCAGCAGAGCCUGAAACUGAAACUGCCAUAGCAGAAAUAGUUACUGAGACUGAAGUUCCAGCACUUAAUAAAUGUCCUACAAAGUACCCCAAAACAAAAAAGCACUUAGUCAAUGAAUGGUUAAGUGAGAAGAAUGAGAAGACAGGAAAAUCUUCAGAGAGCCUUUCAGAAAGGCCUCUUCGAAUAACUACAGAUCCUGAAGUAUUGGCUACACAGCUCAACUCUUUACCAGGCCUCACUUACAGUCCCCAUGUCUAUUCUACUCCAAAGCACUAUAUUAGAUUUACUUCACCAUUCCUUUCUGAAAAAAGGAGAAGAAAAGAACCUACUGAGAAUAGCUCUGGCUCAUGCAAAAAGCGAUGGUUGAAGCAAGCAUUAGAAGAAGAAAAUUCAGCAGUUAUAGAUAAAUUUAGUUCAUUAUGCCAAGAAAGAUCUAGAAGCCCUGCUGUCAAUGGUGAAAAUAAAAGCCCACUGUUACUCAAUGAUAGCUGUUCACUUCCAGAUUUAACUACUCCACUAAAAAAACGAAGGCUAUAUCAGUUAUUGGAUUCUGCUUACUCUGAAACCUCCACACCUACUCCUUCUCCAUAUGCUACACCAACUCAUAUGGAUAUCACUGCUACAGACCCAUCAUUAUUUGCUACUCCUCCUAGGACGAAAUCAGAAGAUGAAUCUUGCAGGAAUGGUUAUAAACCCAUAUAUUCACCAGUUACUCCAGUAACUCCCUGUAUACAGGGAAAUGCUAUGCACUUUGAGAAUAUUUCCUCCCCAGAAAGUUCACCAGAAAUUAAAAGACGAGUUUAUAACCAAGAGGGCUAUGAGAGAACACCGACUGUGUUGACUAUGGGUCCUUUUAGAAAUUCUAAUUUGCCAGAAAUGGGCCUGCAAGAAAUAAAGACGAUCGGAUAUUCCAGCCCAAGAAAUAGGACUGAUGUAAUUAGGCAGUGCACUGGGGAAAAGGAGUCUUUAUCAGACCUACAGACUGGAGUUGAUGUAUUGGAGCACACUGCCAUUCCUAAAACCAUGGAAACCCCCUCACAGGAUAGGACUGACUCUAACAUCCAGCUAGAACCUGCUCCUUGUGGAAGAGGCACAGUUUACUCUUCUUGGGUUAAAAGUCCUGAAAGAACGAGUGUGAACUUUUCCUCAGUAAAUUCUAAUUUAAGGGACUUAACACCUUCCCAUCAACUGGAGGUUGGAGGUGGUUUCCGAGUAAGUGAGUCAAAGUGCCUAGUGCAAGACGACUCCAGAGGUGUGUUCAUGGAGACCUCAGUGUUCUGUUCCUCAGAAGAUGGGCUCCCCCCAGGGUUUGGAAGGACAGUUAACGACAGCACGAUCGAGGGGAGUUGUACACCCCAGAAUCCACCACAAAAGAAAAAGGUGUCCUUAUUAGAAUACCGUAAAAGACAGCGGGAAGCUAGGAAAAGUGGCUCCAAGGCUGACAACUUUUCUCUAGUUACUGUGUCACCUCAUGCUACUAUGGGUGGAAACAUGAGCAACAGCAGCAAUACCAGUGAUGGAUGUAGCAACAAUGGUGAAAAUGGGGAGCAAGCAGACCACCCAGCUAGCCUGCCUUUACCAUUGCCCACUGCUGUUUAUAAUACUGCUUCAGAAGAAAUCAGCAAUAACUGCCCAGUAAAAGAAACUUCUUCUGGUGAAAAAAACGAACCAGAAGUUCAAUGGACUGCUUCAACUUCAGUGGAACAAGUAAGAGAGAGGAGCUAUCAGAGAGCCUUACUUCUCAGUGAUCAUAGGAAAGACAAAGAUAGUGGGGGAGAAUCACCUUGUAUCCCAUGCUCACCGAAUCAUGUUCAGUCUUCACCUUCAUCUCAUUCAAAUCACACUCCCCAGUUGCAACUUAAGGUCCCAGUCCCUUCUUUCAGUGAACUUAUAGAAGACCCUGAUCCUGAAAAUCCAGAGCCCACAACCACAAAUGAUUGUCCAUCCCCAGACACUUCUCAAAAGACUUGUAAAAGUCCUUCAAAAGUGAGCAAGCCUUGUUCACCAGGUCCUACAGUUUCUGCCCAGUCUCUUGGAAAGACGCCCAUAAAACCAGAUUCUCAGUGGGAGAUGGUAGUUAAUACACCUGACACUGAGAAUGCCAAUCCUCAAAAGGCAGAGCUACAACAGAAACAGCUGUCAAAUAACGUCCAAGCACUUUCAAAGACUCCUUCUUCUCAGUCGCACAUGCGUAGUUCAGCUGAGCAAUUGUCGCAAAAGCUUCCUUCUGCACCUUUGAAGCUGCAUUGUCCCCCAUCACCUCAUGUAGAAAAUCCGCCGAAGUCAUCUACUCCUCUCCCACCCGUACAGCAUGGUUACCUUUCACCAAAGCCUCACGCGCAGCAGUUAGGAUCUCCCUACAGGGCCCACCACUCUCAGUCACCUCAAGUUGGAACACCUCAGAGAGAUUCUCACAGAAAUUUUUAUCCAGCAGCACAGAGCCUUCAGUCCAAUACUCCGCAGCCAGCUACUGGAGCAUUAUUUACACAGACACCUUCAGGACAAUCUUCAGCAACUUAUAGUCAAUUUAACCAACAAAAUUUGAACAGCACUGCACCACCUCCCCCCCCUCCUCCUCCCCCCUCCGCCUCUUAUUAUCAAAACCAGCAGCCCUCUGCAAACUUUCAGAGUUAUAAUCAGUUAAAGGGUAGCCUUUCCCAACAGACUGUGUUUACAUCUGGACCAAAUCAAGCACUUCCUGGUCCGAGUCAACAGCCAGUUCCAGGACACCAUGUAACUUCAGGGCAUUUUUUGCCAUCUCAGAACUCUACCAUUCACCAUCAAGCUUCAGCAGCUCCACCCCCUCCGCCACCACCCCCCGCUCCAGGACCGCAUCUUGUACAACAGCCAAGUUCCCAUCAGCAGCACUCUGUAGCACACGUAGUAGGGCCUGUUCAUGCAGUAGCCCCUGGUUCCCAUAUUCAUUCUCAAACUGCUGGGCACCAUUUGCCACCCCCUCCUCCUCCACCAGCCCCUGCACCUCAUCACCAUCCCCCCCAUCCCACUCCAGGACACCAAGGUCUGCAAGCACAACACCAGCAUGUAGUAAACACAGCUCCACCCCCACCCCCACCCCCACCCUCCAGUGUUUUGGCUUCUGGGCAUCACACAUCAUCAGCUCAAGCCUUACACCACCCCCCUCCUCAUCAAGGACCUCCACUUUUUCCUUCAAGUGCUCAUCCAGCUGUGCCAUCGUAUCCCUCACAAGCUACACAUCAUACACCCCUGGGACCUGGACCCCAACACCAGCCUACUGGAACAGGACCACACUGUCCGUUACCAGUCCAAGGGCCGCAUCUCCAGCCACAAGGACCAAGCAGUAUUCCAACACCUACAGCUUCAGGGUUCUGUCCACAUCCUGGCUCUGUAACCCUGCCACAUGGGGUUCAAGGACCUCAGCAGGCAUCUCCAGUACCUGGCCAGAUUCCAAUUCACAGAGCACAGGUGCCACCAACAUUUCAGAACAAUUACCAUGGUUCAGGGUGGCAUUAACAAGGACUCCUAAAACAUUUUUAAGAUGUUCUGUAAGAUAAACUGUAUAUUUCAUAUGUACCUAUUCGUGGUACUUUUUAAAGCUUGUACAUGAAACUUUGUAUAAAAGCAAACACCAGUGCUCUUUCAUUGUAUUUUUUCCAUUUUUUGCUUUUUAAAAUUCCUGAAAAACGUGCUGUUAAACCAGUAUUAGGUAUCUUUAUUUUGUAAGUGAACAUUCCAGCUGUUUUUCUGGCAGUAGAUUUGAUGCUGCAUAAUCUUAAAUUUUAUUGUUGCAGUUAAAUUCAUUUAGUGAAUGUUUUCUAUAUUACUUUUUAUACGUAUGUAAUAAAUACACAGCUAAGUGAUGGCACUAACAGGUUUUUUUUUUCCCCCAUUCUGUCAACAGUUCUGUGUGUGCAUCUAGGUAGAAAAUGCAAUACAGAUUUUUUUUUUAAUAGUUCGGUGUGGACUUGGCUCUUUUGUUUCCUCGGUUAUUUGCAGAAAAAAAUGUAAUUUAAUGUAUAGAUUGUUUCUAAUGUCUUCUGACAAGUUCUGUAAAUACUGUAUUUCUUUUGCGUGUAAAAUUGCUUACAGCUUCUCAUUUGAUAUAGUAUUGUAUAUAUGACAAGUCUUUUUUGCAAAAAUGUGUGAUCUUUGUGAAAGUAGUACAGUAUAUGACAUUUAAAUUUUUUUAAUAUACUGUCACAUUGCAGCACUGGUUGGGCAUUUUAAUUCAUGUUAAUAAAUCACAAUUAUGUCAGUUUUACCAAAUUGUCCUGUACAACCUUUAAAAUGAAUGAGCACUACCUCAGAUUUUAGCCAGCAGACAAGGAUGGAAAACAUUUUCAUUGUUUCCCUACUGUUUAUGCAGUAGUAAGAGCCAGAGAAACUACUUGAAAUACUCAUGUAGGUUUACUCAGUGAAGCAUCUUACAAGCAUAUAAAACUAGACCAUUCCAUUUAUGCAUUUCACAAGUCAUAUGUUGGCACAAUUACAGAUGGAAAGUUCAUACCAGAUAAUUUAAGUUCAGUUAUAGGUUAGUCUGAAACCCCAUUAAUAUUUACUUGCUUGCACAUUCAGUAUAUAUAGCUGUUAUAUUCUAGUCUAAAAGUAGAUUUGUUAUUAUUGCAACAUAGGAUAGAUACCCCUAGCAGACUGGGCUAGUAGACAGUCUGUCAAAAAUUUCUCAAAAUGAUUUAGAAACAAAUUCAACCCUGUUGUAAAGAUAAAGUUACUUGAAAAUGGAAUGAUUCAAGGACUAUAACUGAUACCUUCUGUUAUCAAUACUCAAUUCCUUGGUCACUGAAAUAUAGGAAAAAUAACUGAAGAGGAAAUUUUAUAUGUGGCCACAUAAUUCAUUCUAAGAAAGAGAUAAAAAGGUGACAGCAUUUGGAUAUGACCUUUAGGCAUUGUUAUUCUAUUAUUUGGUGUAAUGGCCGUUUUUUUCUUCUCCUAAAUGACCCUUAUAUAUAUAUAUAAUUUUUUUUUUUACCUUAGUUUGUCAUUGGAGAAAAACUUUUUCAAAAUAAAGGUAAGAAAACAUCUAAAAAUCUAUGUGUUAGAUUUGGCAAUAUUAUUAUUUUUUGUGUGUGUGUGUGGGGCAGUGAGGGUUAAGUGACUUGCCCAAGGUCACACAGCUAGUGGCAAUAUUAUUUUUAACUUUUAUGCCAUGUUCUGCCCCUUUUAAUAUGAAUAGGUAGUCACUGGCUAUAACUAUAACCAGUUAUAGUAGUACUUCCAUUUAAAAAAUUCCUUUUGGAGUAGUGUAGUCAGUAAUGGUGGCUUGCAACAAUUUAAUCUCUUAAGGCUUUGGAGACCAAUUUUGUGAUCUGGAAAACAGAACAUGAGUGAAAUUUCAGCCUCUAGAUAACCUGAAGUUCUGAAUCAUGGUCUGGUUACUAGACAAAUACCUUGUCUUGGGAAUAGGCCUUAUUUCAACCAGUGAUUCUCAAACAUGAAACAUAAAUCAUUGGCUUAAUGAAAUGAUAUAUAUAACAAUACAUACACACACACACACACACACACACACACAUAUAUAUAUAUAUAUAUAUAUACACACAUAUGUGAGUGUGUAGUUUCACUUGUAAUGUUUCAUAAGCAAAAAGUCUUGAUUCUGUUAUCUUUUAUUCUAAUAAAACAAGCAAAUUCAGUUACACCACAAUACUCUCCACCCCAAAAUUAUAUCUUUAAUGAUAGGCAGAAACUAGGUGCUACCAAAAUUAUACAUAUUUUUUCAAAGAAAAAAAUAACCUUAGAACCUACAGUCAAAAGACUAAAUUGGGGCCUAGUCAAUUUUUCUAAUGUACAAAAUCUUCUAGUAUAUUACUAUUUCAGAAAAGAGCACAAUGAAUGUUGUUAGCUUAAUGUACUGAACUAUACGGAACAAAACUAAAAUCCCCACUGUUGCCCCACAUCAACAAUUGAAAAAAAUAAUAAUAAAGACCCAAGAGGCAACAUAGUAUAGGGAGAGAAUGCUGGUUCUGGAGGCAGGUCCAGAUUAAAAUCUCAGUUCUCCCAUUUUACCAUUGUGAUGUUGGGCAACUUCUCUCAAAUCUAGUUUGCUCAACUGUAAAAUGAGAGAGUUAGACUAGAUGGCUUCUAAGAUCUCUUCCAGUUCCUAUGAUCCUGUUAGUACUGACCAUAUAUUGUCUUACAUAUGUUUAGGCAAGUCCAACUGGCAAAAAAAAAAAAAUUCAGUUAUAAAACAUUUCUUGUAAAAGAAUAGAAAUUGCUUUCAAUGCUUCAAGUCUCCACAAGU